GGGUUAAACAGGGGCACGUUUCCCCACUUCAUCCACAGCAUGCUGUCCACACCUCACUCACAAUUUGCAAAAAACAUCAACGGGAGCAGGGAAGAAACCACCACGAGUUAUGACUAUGAGUACGGCGCACCCUGUGAUAAAACUGAGGUGAAGAAUAUCGGCGUCCAGCUCCUGCCCCUGCUCUACUCGCUGGUGUUCAUCAUUGGCUUUGUGGGCAACAUGCUGGUCGUCCUCAUCUUGAUCAACUGCAAAAAGCUGAAGAGCUUGACUGACAUCUACCUGCUCAAUCUGGCCAUCUCUGACCUGCUUUUCCUUCUCACUCUCCCCCUGUGGGCUCACCAUGUUGCACAUGAGUGGGUCUUCGGGAAUGCCAUGUGUACGUUAUUCGCAGGGCUGUAUCACAUUGGCUAUUUUGGUGGAAUCUUCUUCAUCAUCCUCCUGACAAUCGACAGAUACCUGGCUAUCGUCCAUGCCGUGUUUGCUUUAAAAGCCAGGACAGUCGCCUUUGGAGUGGUGACAAGUGGGGUCACCUGGGUAGUGGCUGUGUUGGCCUCUCUCCCAGGAAUCAUCUUUAAUAAACAGAAAGAAGAAGGCUCUGUUUACAUCUGUGGCCCUUAUUUUCCACAAGGAUGGAAGAAUUUCCAUACAAUAAUGAGGAACAUCUUGGGCCUGUUUCUGCCACUGCUUGUCAUGUCCAUCUGCUACUCAGGAAUCCUGAAAACCCUGCUUCGGUGUCGGAACGAGAAGAGGAAGCACAGGGCUGUGAGACUUAUCUUCACCAUCAUGAUGGUUUACUUUCUCUUCUGGACUCCAUACAACAUUAUCCUUCUCCUGAGCACUUUCCAGAUAUUCUUUGACCUGAGCAACUGUGAAAGCACCAGUCAAAUGGAACACGCCAUGCAGGUGACGGAGACUCUUGGGAUGACACACUGCUGCAUCAACCCUGUCAUCUACGCCUUCGUUGGAGAGAAGUUCAGGAGGUAUCUCUGGGUGUUCUUCCGAAGACACAUCGCCAAACACCUCUGCAAACAAUGUCCAAUUUUCUAUGGGGAGACAGCAGAUCGAGUGACUUCAACAACUCCUUCCACUGGGGAGCAGGAAGUCUCGGCUGGUUUGUAA